CCAUGAACCCUCGGCAUUGCCUUUUGUCACAAAGCCCAGCGAGAAAAUAUCCACACAAAAAAAACCAUGUCCAACCAAUCCUUCUCCUUCUCUGCUUCGGCCUCAUCAUAUAUAAGCAAACCCCUUCUCCUUCCCUAUCCAACUUGACUUUCUCUGUCGGUGGGUGCUGUGGAUGUUUGGGUGAGAAUGGUCAGGAAGUGCUCGCAUUGUGGGAACAAUGGCCAUAAUUCUAGGACUUGUGGUAAUCACAGAGGGGGUGGGUUGAGGUUGUUUGGAGUUCAGUUGCAGGUGGCUCCUCCAAUGAGGAAGAGCCUUAGCAUGGAGGUGUUGCCGUCACCUUCUCAUACGAUUUCUGUGGAGGACAACCAUGGAAGUGGUGAUAAUGGCUAUCUAUCUGAUGGUCUUGUGCAUUCGUGUAGCAGAGCUCAUGAAAGGAAGAAGGGAGUUCCGUGGACUGAGGAAGAACAUAGGACGUUUCUAGCUGGGCUGGAGAAGCUUGGGAAAGGUGACUGGAGAGGAAUAUCUAGGAAUUACGUGACUACCAGGACUCCCACUCAGGUGGCAAGUCACGCCCAGAAGUACUUUCUUAGACAAGCUAGCAUUAACAAGAAGAAACGCCGAUCGAGCCUCUUCGACAUGGUCGGAGGUAGUGGCAGUGCUCAUGAAGACUCCAUUAGCGAUGCUUUGGAGAUGGACAACGCUCAAAUCUGCUCGUGCAAUUUACCUGAUCCUACUCUGUCUCUUAGUAGAAUUUCCCCUGGAAUUCUUGACGAUGCGCAUCUGAUCAAUCUUAACAAGGCAGAAAAAGCAGAACCCAUGUCGGAAGUCGACCUGAAAAUUAGUGGCGUUUCUUGUGAUCAUGUGACUUCUAGUUCUAGUUGCUCAUCACAGGAACCACUUGGUUCAUCUCCGGGAUUGAGUCGUCAAUCCUCGACCUUGCCUACACCUCUACAACCACCUGAUCUGGAACUCACCAUUGCUUUUCCUCCCCUACUGAUCAAAGCAAAUCGCCACCCAAUACCCUGCUAAUAGGAGCCAUAAGCGUGAGCAGAUUAGAGAAUGGUCAAUGUACACUGAUUUCUAAUAUGCUGUUGGCGUCUAAUGCAGUUCAGAGCGUAUGCAGGGACACCUUAUGCUGCUGUUUGCUGGUAGAAUUUAUCUGUUAUAUAUAUAUAUAUAUAUAUAUAUAUCAACUUAGAAAGGACAUUAAUUUCCUGUACUUCUGCUUCAGCCUGUGUUAGAGAGGCAGAGGCGGUCAAAACUCAAUAGGCAAAUCUUCAUACGUCCGUCAUCAGCAUCUGUUUCUAUGCUAUAAUGACUGUAAUAUCGUGUCCUGUAUCAAUAUGAUAUUGCCUUUCCUUUC